GGGCUCUAUGGGGCCCUAUGGGGUGUUUAUGGGGUUAUGGGGUCCUUAUGGGGUCUGUGGGGUCCUUUAGGAGCUGCAGGAGGCGCUGCAACGGCUGCCGGAGCGGAAGGAACCGCGGAUGGAAGGUGGCCCCGCAGCGCAGUGCCCCACUGCGGCGUUCCGCGCCCCCCACGGGAUGUUGGAUUACGACCCCAAAGACGAAGCGCUGCUCAUCCGCCGCCUCAUCACAGAGUUGGACCUCACCAAGAUGGCCGCCGGGGUGCCCUGUUUGCCCGCCUACGUCCUCGCCAUGUGCAUCCGGCGCGCCGAUGACGUCAACGACGCGCGCCGGAUGCAGUCCCUCCUCAACGCCUCCAUCGCGGCCAUCAAGGACGUGACGCAGGGGCGCCGUGAGUUGGCGCUGAGCUCCUUCUGGUUGGCCAACUGCUGCCGCCUCCUGCAGUGCCUGAAGCAGCGCCCGGGCUCCGCCCCCCCGGAGCUGGCCGCGCUGUGUGAGGCUCUCUAUGCGCAGCUCUGCGCCAAUGCUGACGCCGCUCUGCAGCCCAUGGUCGGUUCAACAUCAGCCAGCUGGAGGAGUGGCUGCGCAAGCAGCAGCUGCAGCACAGCGGGGCCCUGGAGGCCCUGCAGCCCCUCAUCCAGGCGGCGCAGCUGCUGCAGCUCAGCAAGAAGAGCCCCGAGGACGCCGAGGCCAUCUAUCGUGAAGCUGCUCACCCUAUACAGCCCGGUGGAUGAGUUCGAGGAACGCGUCUCCGUCGCCUUCAUCAGGACCGUACAGGCGAAGCUGAAGGACCGCGACGACCCCAAUCAGCUGCUGAUGGACUCGAAGCGCACCUUCCCGCUCCUGAUCCCAUAUAACCCCACCCCGGUCCCGUUGGACUCCAUUCGGGUUCCCUCAUACCUCAACCUCGACUUCCUCAUCCCGCUCUGACCCCAAAGGGUUCCCUGCGACCCUAUAAACCUCGUGGGGCGCUUA